CGCUUUUUGGCUGUGGGCACUGGCAUAUAGUUACGUGUUCAGCUGGUUUGUUAGUAUUGAAAAGCCGUGGAGGGUGGAGGGUGUUGAUGCCCAAGGAUUUUUGUAAAAGGGGUGUUUACUGUUUGUUUUGAAUCUCGUGAUUUGCACGUCGCUUUAAGCCAGAAGCAAGAUGUGGGUCGAGGACUCCCAGAAGGACGGGGAUGGAGUCAAGGUCAAGGUGAAACUGAAGCCGCGACCGAAGGAAUCGGACAAGUCAACCGAGGAGGUAGACGGCAACAGCAAAACAAGCAGGGAGAGGUCACGCCUUCGCGACAGCCCUCUGAGGCCCAUCAUGUCGUGGCGAAGCGAAGUCAGGACGUCAGGUCAGGGCUCGGACGCGGCGACGAAGGACGUCCCCGACACCGUGAAGGAUCUCAUCAACCGCGUCAAGUACGACACCUCAGCCAGCGAACUCCUGCGGCGCAUCAAGGCCGAGAACCGCGCCCCGUACAACCCCGAGGCGAACCUCAGGAAGUCGUCUCACAGGGACGACGGCGAGUACGGGAGGUACGACUCCAGGGGGAGGAGGUACGACCGCGGGGGCAGCAGGUACGACUCAUCUUACCGAAACGACGAUCCAUACCGUCGCUCCUAUGACACCGACGACAGGAUGGGUGGCAGAUAUGACGACGGCAGGUCAUACAGUAGAUACGAUGUGGAUGAAAAGCCAUAUUCAAGCAGGUAUGACGCCGAUGACAAGCCUUAUCGCAGCAGAUAUGACACCGACGAUAAACCGUAUCGUAGUAGAUAUGACACCGAAGAUAAGCCAUAUCGUAGUAGAUAUGACACCGACGAUAAAUCAUCUCGCAGCAAAUAUGACACUGAAUACAAACCGUAUCGGAGUAAAUACGACACAGAAGAUAAGCCAUACCGUAGUAAGUAUGACAGCGAAGAUAAGCCAUAUCGAAGCAAAUAUGACUCAAAGGAUAAGUCGUAUAUCAGUAAAUACGACACUGAAGAAAAGCCGUAUCGCAGCAAAUACGACACAGAGGAUAAACCAUACAGGAGAAAAUAUAAAACUGAUGAACUUUCAGACGAGAAGAAAGAUGGCGGCGAGGUUUCGUCCCCGUCCAAGACUGCCGAUACAAAAGAGACACCACCUGAGGGAGGCGAAGGGAGUGACAGGUCAGGUCAGGUCAAACCAGACUCCACGCAAGUCGAGGCAGAAGAAGGGCAGACUACUAAAGACAUUGCAGCCGAGGGUUCCGAGGCUCCACUUGAUGGAAGUUUAAACGACGAAGGAGCUGUCGACAAGACUGCAGGAUCGGACCCCGAUGGGCAGACGUCAGGAGAACAAAACAAACAUGGAGAUGAGUUAACAGGCACAGAGUCCCACGGUCAUGAUUCAGAGGAGCAACAUUUACCAGGGAAUGAGGUGCCGGACCGUUGGCCUGACGAGCAAAGUCCAGAAGGCCAAAACAAAUCAGGGGACCACCUGACUACAUGGGACAAAAACAUAUCAGACAAUGAAAUAGCAGGGUCAGAUUCUGACGGACACGUUUUACAGGAUAAAAAUGCAUCCGGGAUAGCGUCUGAUUGUCAGAGUUCACAGGAUCAAAUUAUGCCAGGAAGUGAACACGGUGACAAUACAGUGUCUAUGGAUCCGUCAGUGACUACAGCCGAUGAUAAUGCAAGUUACAGCACAACUGCUGCUGACAUCACAAACAUGACUGGAGCGAUCUCACUGACCACUGUCAGUGAUACAGGGUACACAUCAACCGAGGCCGAUGUGCUAGCUGACUUGCCCUCGGUGUCAACAGUUAAUAUGACGAAUGAUUACUCCAUGUUGACUGAUAGUGAAACAGUGACACGAAACCAAAAGGUGACAAAUGGUGACACUGCAAAAGAUGUACCAGACUUGACCAAAGAUACUACGGGAUGUAUGCCUGAGUUAACUAAAGAUGACACAAUUAGAGAUGUCUCUGAACUCCCGAGGGACGAUACCACGAGAGCGGUACCACAGCUCACAAAAGAUGAUACUAUGCGAGAUGUUCCAGAGCUAGUGAGUGAUGCUGCAACAGAGGUAAAAGAGGAUGUGAAAGAAAGUGCAAUAAAAGAGGAACUGCAAGCAAGAAGUCAAGAUAAUGAGGAGGCAGAGAUUCCAAUGGGAAACGCCAAGAAUAUAGAAAUAACUGUUCUUACAAAUGGCCAAGAGAAGACACAAAAAUCUGUGGAAUCAAUGAUGCAAAAUGAUGCAGCUUCCAAGCCUAUGAACAGCGUUGCGCCCAGGAACAUUGAAAUAACUCUACUAACGAAUAAUACAGAGAACAGUCCGAAAAGAGGAGGAUUACAAACAGAAAACACGGCAACAAUUUUAACAGAACAGGGGCGAUCAUCUUCACCAUCACAAAUGAAUGGCAAAGACGUCCCAUUUCUCACAAAAGUAAAAUCUUUCAAAGAUGUACCGAUAGUGGUUGAAGGGAAAACCGUCAAAGACAUAAAAAUAGUGGUAGAAGGAGAAGAAGACGUGCCAAGAAUGACAGAUGGGAAAGUUAUUAAGGAUAUUCCCAUUACGAUAGAGGGGGAGAAAGAACCAAAAGUGCGGGCAAGCAGUGCUGCAAGAGAUGUUCCGAUAACAAUAGAAGAAAAAGAUCCCCAAAACCUACAAAGUAUGACAGAAAUCCAUUUUAGAGAUGUGCCAUUGUUGAUAGAAGGUGAUGUCAAGAGAGAUGUACCUAUUACAAUAGAGAGUGUAAAGGAUGUGUCAUCUGUGGCAGAGGCUAAGAAAAACGACCUGGAAGAAGCAGUAGACAUUGAAGGAAAUGAGACAGUUAGUACCGAGAGGGAAGUUCGAACUCAGGUAGAAACUGAGAAUGAAAGGGACUCUCAGAGAGUGAAAGAAGAUGUAAUCGAAAGAAAGGUACCAAUAAUAGUUGAAGCUGAUAGUAUUACUUUGGAAAGAAACGAAGAACAGGCUUUAGGAAAUAACUCAAACCUUGUACAAGAUUCCAACGGAGAUGUGUCAGCGCUGUGUGUGUCAAAGGGACGUGUGAAGGCGUCCACCCCGUCUUCGAGGUUUCACGAGGCAGCGUCUUCAGGAGAUGUAACAACGAUGAUGACUUUGGUGACAGAAGGAGGCAUUGACGUAGACAUUGCAGACGACAGGGAACGGACGGCGCUGCACGUUGCAGCGGAUAGAGGGCAGCUUCCGGCGGUUUCGUUUCUGAUCGAACAGGGCUGCAGCAUCAACCAGACGGACUCCGGUAGAAGGACGGCCCUACACUAUGCCGUGGAGGUCGGUGCCGUGGAGGUGGUCGGGGCGCUGCUGGAGGCCGGGGCGGAGGCGGACGUGAGGGAGAAGGCGCGAGGGAGGACGCCCUUGCAUCUCGCCACCGUCACGAACUCCCUGGAAAUUCUCAAGCUUUUGCUCAAGCCGCUGCUGGAGGACCCAUGGCAUGCUCGCAGUGUACUGAAGGUUGCAGAUAAGGACGGACUCACUUUGCUCCACUUGGCAGCCCACGGUGGUCUCCAGGAAGCCACCCAAAUCUUGCUCUCUGCCGGCGCCGAAGUUAACAUCACAGACCAGGCCGGAUACACACCCAUGCACGCAGCCAUAUUAAGCAGACAGAGGAAGGUGAGGAGUCACGGCGGUUGCAUGGAGCUCCUCCUCGACGCCGGGGGCGACUUGCGGUGCGAGGGCGGGGCGGAGUUCGCGACCUUGCCCCACGCCGCCGCCAGCGUUGGUUGUACGCGCUGCCUGGGCGUCCUGAGCUCACGAGGCGCUGACUUGGACUGCAAGGACUCCUCCGGGAGGACGCCUCUCCACUUCGCCGUCGAGUUCGAGCACCCAGAAACGGUGUCCUUCCUGCUGGGGCGCAACGCAGACGCCGAGGCCGAGGACAAGCGAGCCAACCGGCCCCUCCACUACGCCAUCGGGACCGACUCGCCCCGCCUCGUGGCCUCGGUCUUGGAGGCCAGCCCGCGAGGGGACGCCCGAGACCGCGACGGACGCACGUACUUCCAGCACGCCGUCGAGAGGAGGAAAUACCGGGCGCUGGCUGUCCUCGCCAAACACGGCAUCACGGCAGUGGCAGAUGACCAGCCGGCCAUGCAUUACUGUGCCAGCGCUGGGAGUCAGGCGGCCAUCGAGGUUUUGCUCGAGAACGACCACGACAUCAACGCCACGGACGACCAGGGGAGAACCCCGAUGCACCAGGCCAUCUGCGCCGGACACGAGAGCCUCGUCAACUUUCUCCUGUCAAGCGGCGGCAGUAUCCGGAGGGCUGACAAGACCGGCGCGACCCCCUUACACUACGGCGUGAGGUGGGGCGGCUCCGAUGCCCUUCUGCGUCGCCUGGUCAAGGGGGGGAGUGUCACGGCAGUCGAUAGGCUCGGUCGAACUCCCCUGCACUAUGCGGCCAGCAAGAGCUCCGUCAUGUCCGACAUGUACAUCCUGAUCAACAACGGCGCGCCACUGAACACGCAGGACAACCGCGGCUUGACCCCCCUCCAUCUGGCCUCACGCCUUGGGAACGAAUCCCUGGUGAGGAUUCUGCUCGACAACAACGCCCGCCACGACAUCCUCGACGUCGACAACUUCCUGCCGAUCGACCACGCGAAGGAGAAAGGCCACAUAUGCAUCAUCAACCGCCUGGAGAGCUACGCGGCGAAGAAGGAGCGCGAGAAGGACCCGCGUUUCGGGAUCUACACCAGGAGGAAGGACGAGGACGAGGUUCUCAUUCAGAGCCGCUACAAGACGAAUAUUCCUUGGUACGGCAGCGGCAAGAAGGGGUCCGAUAGUCCGGAGCUGUGAAGGGAGAGCCUUCGAUAAUCCGGAAUUAUGACGAGGAGAGCCUCGGGAUUAUAAGGAGAACCUCCGAUAGUCCGGAAUUGUGAUGAAGAAAACCUCCAAAAGUCCGGAAUUAUGAUGAGAUCCUCUGGUAGUCCGGAACUGUGAUGAAGAGAUCCUCCAAUAAUCCGGCAUUUUGACAACGAAAGGCUCCAUAGUCCGGUCAACACGGAUUUCAGAAGUCGUUAAAUUUCAUUAGCGUUUCGUCGUAGUGUUUUGCUGACGGGGGACAACACGUAACG